AUGUCUGCCUUCCAUAUUUUUGACGCUCAGAAUAAAGGGUACAUCGAGUCACGUGAACUAAGAGAAGCACUUGGACUUACAGGUGCUGGUAUCCCUGACGACGAGCUUAAGAAAAUGUUACAAGAAACAGGUCUUCUGACAGACAGAAAGAUAACCUUUGCAGGUAAAUUUUUAUGCCGACGAUUCAUGUAACAACAGCUGCGACAACAACGAAAAUAACAUAACAAUGAUAACAAACCUAACACAAAGACAAAGCAAGAAAAAUAAAAGUGAAUGAGGGAAUGGUCAUUAUUUAUCGUCUGGGGGGAGGGGAGGGGGUAUAACUUUCGUUGUGGCUCGAUUAAAGUUACCUGAUCCCCGCAUUAUGCAUUAGGUUCUGUAACAUUCUUAUGAUCACACCUCGUUGGCAGUCAGUGACUGGCAGUCAAUUUCAUACAGUGCCCCCUUAAUACUUUUUGUUUUUGAGGACAGACCUUCCCUCUGCUCUCCCUGAAAGCCAUGCGUCCCCCCCCCAAAAAAAAAUUCCUCCUCCUCCCGAGCGAUAAAAAAAUUAGAACUGUAAAAUUAUAAGGUGAGCUAUAUUACCUCGCUUCUCGCUAAUUUUUUUUCCCGCCGUCUUCCUUUCAGAAUUUACCUACCUCAUGUCUAAUUCCAGUGCUGGUGAAGAUUCUUGAUGAAAAGAAAUUACGCAAGGCUUAGGACCUCCAUCCCCCUCUCAUCUCUGCCGCACUAACAGGGAAGCGUUAGGGAGGCACGCGUAUACAAAGAGGAUAGAAAGAGUUGCGCUUUUUUCAUCAACGAAUAUUUUCAGCGAUAUGCUGCUGCAUCCAAAGAGUAGUGGUCUUCAGUUUCACAUGUCGAUAACUGAGGAAUCCUCAUAUCAGUCUGGCACCUCGUCGCCGAAAAAU